CCUGUUGUGUUGUGGGUUGGCCCGCUGUCCGUCGGCCUGUCUUCCCUGCCUGUCAGAUCCGCCAAAGGUUGCUCGUCGCUCUCUCAGAUCUGCGCCUCGGGACCUUUCCAAUGCUUUAAUCCAUCGCACACGAGCGACGAAAGGAAUCGAUCACGAAGCGCGCUUUCAGAUCGAGCUGCUCGCUCACUGACCGAUAUCGAAGGACCGAGCAUAAGAAAAGGAGGAGGGCAAAAUGGCAGCAGCGCAGGCAACGGCUCGUAGCUCCUCGCUGAUUGCCAUUAUUGGAGACGAGGAUACUGUGACUGGAUUUUUGCUCGCUGGAGUGGGAAACGUUGACCUCCGCAGGAAGACCAAUUACCUCGUUGUGGACACCAAAACAACCAUCAAAGCAAUUGAGGAUGCUUUCAAGGACUUCACCAACAGAGAAGAUGUUGCUAUCGUGCUCAUCAGCCAAUAUAUCGCAAGCAUGAUCCGAUUUCAGAUUGAUAGCUACAACAAACCUCUACCCGCUAUUUUGGAGAUCCCAUCGAAGGACCAUCCGUAUGACCCAUCUCAGGACUCCAUCUUAUCAAGGGUCAAGCACAUGUUCUCUGCAGAACCGACAAGCAGCCGUUCUUAGUUCUGGAAAGAGUCGGACCCAUGAUUUGUAUACGAAUGACUAGCGUUGAAUAAUAUAAACCUUUUUUCUACUAGAGUUUUACGUGCUGACAAGUGCGGCGAAUCUAAAAAUCAGAAAGGUGCUGUAGAUGAAAUGAAUUUCAUCGAUGGCGCGCAAGGUGCAAGGUACCAUGCAGAUACAGAGAUGUUGUUGGCUUGGACACAUGCGACCGGAUUUGUACGUCCUUCCUUCCUCAUGUGGCGGUAACAUGCAAGCUCCAAUGUCAAAAGUGAAGUGAAGCUAACUUCGAUAUAGAAUCUAGGGUAGGUUGUCAUAUGCAAAUUCUAUAAGCUUCUGAGAGAUUAUCAUUCUUAGUAACAGCAAAUUACACUUUUUACAGUAUGUUCAUAGACUCUUGAAAAAAAGUAUAAUAACAUUAAAAUCACUUGGG